ACUUCUCACCUUCGUGUAAAUUUACAUGUAGACUUCUACAAACAGAGACACUUUACCAACCCUCUCAUAAAAACCCCAUAAAGAUCCGUUAAAAUCAAGGGCAUAGAGCAAAGCAAAGUCAACAAACAAAGCCAAAAUCUCCGAUUGAAGCCAUGGAUGAAAAGGUAGAUUGGUCUGAACUACCCAUAGAGCUGUGGCCCAAGAUUGGAAAAUCUCUUGACAAAAAUAUAGAUAUUCUCAAAUUUCGCAGUGUGUGUGAAUCAUGUCGAUCUUCCAUCCCUCCCUCUCUUCCAAAUUCUCCUUCUUUUCCCAUGCAAAUACCUCACCCCACCAACCACUCCACAGAGACUUUCCUUUACCAAGCCACCAUCUAUGUUAUUGAACCGAGUGAUGGAACCUCCAACUCUAAAUUGGAACUUUUGGCACCUUCUUCAAAAGGGUGGUUGAUUAAGGUUGAAGAAUCUGAAAACCGUCCCUUGAGUUUGCUUAGUCCAAUCUCUGACCACAAAAUCGCGCACCCUCUUGGAGCUUCUCCCAUGUUGUGGAACAUGUUGGAGUACCGUAUCAUUGAGCUAUGCAAAUCAUAUACCAUUCAAAACACAGGGCGUUUAUCUACCACUGUGAGUAAAGUUGUGUUUUUUCCUAACUCUCCUUGGAUUAAGGUUGAGGAUUCUGAGGCAUGUUGUGUCUUCAUGGAGGGUAAAUUGGGGUUUAUGAAACACGGGGGUGAGAAAUGGACUCUUGUGGAUGACAAAAACUUCUUCUAUGAUGAUGUUAUUGUGUUCAAAGGUCAGUUUUAUGUCACUGAUAAUUGGGGUACAAUUUCAUGGAUUGAUACCUCUUCCUUGAAGUUAGUACAAUUUUCCCCUCCUUUGUGUGGGUUUGGGAACAAGAAGCAUUUGGUGGAGUCAUGUGGGAGUCUCUAUGUUGUAGAUAGGUACUAUGAAGGUGACCCGAGAAGAAGAAACUACCUUGGACGCCCUGAUCGUGAUGCUGUUGUCGAAUACUUCAAGGUUUAUAAAUUGGAUGAAGAGUGGGGUACUUGGGUUGAUGUGAAGAACUUGAGGGAUAGAGCAUUUAUUUUGGGUAAUAGUUGUAACUUUUCUGUUUCAGCUAGAGAGUUAACUGGGUAUAAAGGAAACUGCAUCUACUUCACGGAGGCCUAUGAUAAUCGUGUGUUCAACUUAGAAGACCAUAGCAUCCUUACCAUUGACUUUGAUCCCUGCUUUGACAAGUCUAUUUGGUCUCACUCGUCUUGGAUGAGAAUGGGAGGACAGAACCGGUUUCGAUUUAAUUGAGUCUUAAGUGUGUGAUUUGUUUAUGUGACAGUGAAAAGCGCCUAAUGAAGAACACCUCUCCCUGAAUAAGUGCAGAGUGCGGACACACUACUAAUUGGCGUGCUAAUUGAGAGUUGAGUUAAGCUUGAAUUGUGCAAAAUCACUUUGGUUGUGAGUAAUUAUACAGUGCAAAUUGGUGAAGAUGAAAAGCUUGAUUCACUUGUCCUCCAUGAUAUGCUCAUAUUUCACUUUGUAUAUGACAAGAAUCAAGAACAUAAGAGUGAUAUUUGUCGCACUUCCAGUAGUAUACUGUAUAAUGAAAUUGGGAAUCUAUGUAUAUCAGCGUGGUAUCAUUCUACAUGUUCUCUUGCUACAAUCAAGCAUCUUUCUUCUGUCUUGAUUCUUAUUAACUGAGAAUUGAAUUUUCAAUUUAU